UCUCAAUUUAACCCGGAGAACCGGGUUACCCGGGUACCCGCCCGCCCGGGUAAUACCCGUCAAUGCGGGUAGAACCGGUUCCGGCGGGUAUUACCCGGGUACCCGGGUACCCGGGUACCCGGUAUGGAACCGCGGAACCGGGUACCCGGUUCCGCGGGUAAACCCGGACUACCCGGGUCCGGUCCCGGAAUUCCCUAAAAUUUGCCGCGGUUCGAGCCUCUUUCAAACGGUGGUGCGGUGGUGCGUAGUGCCGACUAGUGCUUCCGGACGCAGCCUUCCCUUCGCUCGGACAGGCGCGCUGGGCGCGCUCUCGCAUGCGCCGGUUCGACUCGCUUGUACUGGGCGGCUGGACCACUGGCCAGCCAGCAACGUCUCGAAAUUUUGCGAUAUACGAGGUUACCUCCAGCGAGCCGCCGCCCAGCGAGCCAUUCAGCGGGUGCAGUUCACCUGAGUAGUGCUGCUGCUGCUUUCUAACUCUCCAUGCUUGUCGUAUGCAAUGGAGGCGAAAUCAAGCUGGGUGUGGGCUCAUUUUCAUGGGCCCACUGAAGAAGACCCUCAACAUGCUGAGUGCAAAGUGUGCCGAAAGAAGCUCGGCUACAAGGGCUCCCCGUCGGCUCUCAACAAACACCUGCACAACCUGCAUGGUUUGAAGCCAGCAUCGGAGACCCAGACUGCCAACAGGGAGGAGGCCGAGGAGUCAGGCGAGGCAGAGGAUGACGUUGAAGGUGAGCAGAGCGGUGAGGCUGACCGCCACCUUGCCGGCCCCAGUAGUUGUGACAACAGGCGCAGUCGAAGCCGCAGCUCGAGCAGCAACCGCAGCGUUAGCCCAGCACCCAAGCGCGCCCGGGCAGGACCUCCUCGUCCUCUAACCAACGAGCGUCAGGAAGCGGUGACGCAGGCCAUCGCGGGGCUCAUCGCGGCGUGCCAGCUGCCGAUCUCCGUAGUGGACAGGGAGGGCUUCAUCGGCUUCAUGAAGGUCCUUGAGCCCGCAUACAAGGUGCCGUGCGCGUCAACUAUGAGGACGCGGCUGCGCGACCUCUACGGCCUGGUGCAGGAGAGGGUGCAGGCGUCCUUGAGCGGCUUGGAGUACGUGUCCCUCACGACCGACUGCUGGACGUCGCGCGCCCUGGACGCGUACAUCUCGCUGACGGCCCAUGCCAUCACCAAGGCGUGGAAGAUGACGCAGUACACACUCUGCACGGAGGGCAUGGAGGGCAGCCACACGGCGGACAACCUCGCGACGUCUCUCGUCGAAAUGUGCAAUGCGUGGGACCUGGAGGGCAGGACAACCAGCAUCACGAGAGACAACGCGAGUAACAUCGUCAACGCCGUGGGUCUGAUCGACUUCGUGGAGUUUAAUGUUUCGUGUGCCGCCCACCUUCUGCAGCUUUGCGUCAACGACGCGUUAAACAAGAACUCUGUCUUCAUGGCCGCCUGCAAGAAGGCCAAGAAGGUGGUGGCGCACUUCCACCAUUCAACCAAGGCAACCGAGGCGCUCCAGGCUGCGCAGAAGACGGCGGGCCUCAAGGAGUGCAAGCUGGUGCAGUCGUGCGCCACGAGGUGGGACUCGACGUACUUCAUGUGCCAGAGCCUCACCGAGUCGCGCACCGCCGUCUCCGCCGUGCUCUCCGACAGGGCCGCCACCUCCGCAAAGCAGUCUCGGGCGCUGCAGAUGUCGACGGGGGAGUGGGACGAGCUGGAGGCCAUGCUCCCCGUGCUCAAGCCGCUGCAGGUCGCCACUACCGUCCUCUGCGCCGACAACAAGGUGACCAUCUCCACCGUGCGGCCUGUCGUGCGGGCCCUGCUCGACGUCCACUUCAGGCACGAUGAGACCGACCUGCUGCUGGACGAGUGCGAGGAGCGUGUGAGGGACUUCAAGGUGGAGGUGAGCACUCAGCUCAGGAAGCGCUUCGAGAUGGAUGCGGCCGUGGAGCGGCCCGUCCACAUCCACCAGCUGGGAACCUUCCUCGACCCACGCUACAAGGACCUGCGGGCCGAGCCAACUCCUGAAGAGGCCGAGAAGAUCCGCGGCACCAUCAAGGAGAAGCUGCAAACUCAGGCAGCGGUGUCCGCGGACCUUGACGUCGAAGGGAGCGCGCCCGUCCCGAGCAGCGGCCUGGACUUCUUGUUCUGCGGCCCGGCGGAGGUCGGAGGCCAGCGCACCUGGGAGGCGGAGUACAGUGAGUACUUGGCGGAGCCGGAGAUCGGCCACAACCAGUGCCCGCUGGCCUGGUGGAAGAGCCGCGAGAAGCGCUACCCCACAAUAGCGCAGCUGGCACGCCGCUACCUCGCCGUCCCUGCAACGUCCGCCAGCAGUGAGAGGGACUUCUCCACGGCGGGGUAUACGGUGAGGCCCCACCGCGCCAGUCUCCUGCCGGAGAAUGUUUCGAUGCUUGUUUUUUUGUAUCAAAAUAGAAAUAUAUUGCUGAGUAUUUUAGGAAUGCGCUAAGCUGAGUGACUCUGCGUGUUAAUGUUUUUUGUGUGUUAUUAAAAUGUUCACUCAAUUGUACUUUUUUUCUGUAAGAAGUUUUGCCAAUGUGCAGAUAAUUGAUUGAUUAAAGUCAUGUGAAAGAAAGUAAGUUGUACUAAUUACGCGUAGCACAUCACUUUUGUAAGCAUUAAUAUUUUACUUCUUUUGAACAUCUUUUGAACCAUUGCCCCUCCUUUACUUGGUGAUAUAUUCAAUUUUCAAUUUUAACGACUGAUCACAACGGUGUAAAAAUCAAUUUUAGUGCCACCACACGACAAGCGCUGUUUUAUGUCCGGCUAUUGGUUUGGGCGGGGGGGGAGGGGGGGAGACUGUCGAUUGCCUAUACGGGUUUUGUACAGCAGGCCUACCUUCCUAGGGCUUACCGGAAAAUGGGGGGAGAGGUCCCUUCGUGGCCUGCACCUGCCAUACGAACGGGUGCGGUUCACUUCACCAAUAUUUCUGAGCGAUAAUAAUGAU